UACGUCUCGGACACCAUUACAGUGCACCACCUCAAGCUCCCAAGCACAGGCUCCUCCUCCUCCCAAACCCUAGCGCCAGCUCCUCUGCUCACUGCUCUGCUCUGCUCUAAUGGCGCGCUUCCAGCUGGUGGCCUUCGCCAUGGCGAUGCUCUUCGCCGCCGCCGCAGCUCAGGCCCCGACGGCCGCCCCGACGGCCGCCCCCAAGGCGUCCCCUCCUCCGGCGACGCCGCCGCCGACCCCCGCACCGGUGUCAGCACCCCCGUCUCAGGCCCCGGCCACUCCUCCCCCAGCCCCGGUUCCCAUGGCACCGCCGCCCAUGGCUCCGGCUCCCACCCCCAAGGCCGCGGCUCCUGCUCCGGUGCCCUCGGCCGCGGCUCCCACCCCGGAGAUCAGCUCGCCGCCUGCCCCGACACCGGCGGGCAUGGCCCCGAGCCCCACUGCCGAGGCGAACCCUCCCCCCAGCGCCGCCGCCGCCGUCUCGCCCGCCGCCGUGUGGGCCGCAGCCGCCGCCGUGGCCGCCGCCGCCGCGUUCUACUGAGGAGCCCUGGGAUCCGCCGGCCGCCGCGGGUCGUAGGCGCCACCAUUAAUUUAUUACCCGUCCAUUCCGAGGGGCCCCCAUUCCUCUUCUCCUCUCCCUCUUCUUCUCCUCCUUCAUCUGUGGUGGUGUGGAGCACUUGAGCUGUUCAUUUCUCUUAUUAUUCUUUUUUCUUUCUUUCAAUUUUUUUCGGCCAUUUCUAUUCCAUUUCAGGCAUUCGAUUCAGUAGGUGUGUGGGAGUGUGGCGUGGACAGAUUGUUUGGUUGGUUGGGUUGGUGUUGUGCUCCUCCAUUUGUACUAUAAUCUCCCCGUUGUUUAAUAUUCCUUCCACUU